AUGAUGGACAUCCAAUCAGUUCUUCUUGAAUGUGCUGUCUGUCACGCGCCAAUUGUUUUACACAAACAAUUAAUGUCCACUCUUCCACAGAGUCUCUUUACACUGACUCCCCCACCGCCUCCAAGUCGCAAACAAGCUGCUUCUUACACCUCUUCAUUUCACGAGGCGUACUCUCCAGUGAAGCCUUUUAGUUCUCUUCAACCAUCACCAAAGGAGUCUUCAUUCAGAAACAAUGAAGAUGCCAUUUUGAGUAUAACAACGACCAAAAGGAAAGAAAAGAGUGUUCAAAUGUACUCGAGAGACAUAUCUAAGUCAAAGGAAUUUGUCGAAUGGAAGGAGACGUGGAAGGAAGUUCUUCAACUCGACGUUCCGUUCUGUGUACCAUGUUGGGAAGUGAUGUGUAAAUAUACAAAUGAACAGUUCUACACCCUCGGAGAAAUUAUCGUCACGGAGAAGAUGUCCCUCGAAGAGAUGCAGACAAAGAACUGCGUCGAGACGGAGAUCCAAAAGGAGAUCAAAGAAGUCGAAUUGCUCGAAGCUGAACUGAAAGAGCAAAUUAGGAUUAACGAAGACCUGGCGUAUACAUCUUCUAUAAUAACCGCGUUGGUCGACAAGCUCGCGGAGAGUCGGGAACUCAAUAAUUUUCUGACCACUAAAAUCGACUUGUCGUCGUCGAGAAGUCUUGAGAAAGUUAUAACAUAUUAUAAUUAUUCUAAUAACGAUAGUAUAGUUUUAACCCGAAUAAAUAGCCAAAGUUUGUGGAUUGAUAACUUUCGAAUUGAGUGGCUUGAUAAUUCGGUGUCAGUUGAGGGAAUAGAUGUUGUUGAGGCUUUCAAGAAAAAAGACGGGAAUAGUCUUCAAAUUGUUUUUGGGACCGUUAUUGAGAUGAUCACAAUUCUGUCCAAAUAUUCGGGAAUUUUCCUUAAAAAGUGUUGUAUAGAUAAUUAUGGGUUUGGUGAAAAGAAAGUGAGUCAUUUGGAUUUUAAUUCGGUUGGAAAAUCUAAAUUCAAAAACGCUCUCAAAAUCAUUUUGAUGGCUUUCGGGGAAAUUGUCGAGUUUUUGGUGGAAACUACAACGUUCGAUAUACCUUAUGAAAUAACGGAAAACGAAUUUAUACAGAGAAUGUCAUUUAUCAAUGUCUCAAAUCUCACAAAUUGGGGAAUAGCACUGAAAUAUUUCUUCUUGGAUAUAGGAUUUACCGCUAAACAUUUACUCUCAUAG